AUGGAGUGACGCAAAGUACCACAUCGAGUCGUAGUAAAGGAAAAAAAAACAGGCGAAGGGGAAAGGCUACAAAACUUUGCACCACCAGACGGAACAUCAAGAAGAAAGUGUUAAUCUGUUGGAUUAAUUAGUCUUUUAUCCCAAAGGAAGAAAUGGCUGAUGGAGUUGGGGUGCUACCAUUUGUGAGAGGUAUUGACCUCUCCAAGAACGACUUUCAUUCAUCCUUCCCAUCUCGUAUUACCUCCAUGACAAACUUACGAUGGCUGCGUGUUGACAGAUCAAAUCUAACAAAAGUUCCUCCAGAAAUUGGAAAUCUAACAAAACUUGAGCAUCUUUCACUAGUGAAAAAUAACUUAAACAGUUUACAAAUUAAUGUAGAGAACUUACCUAACUUGAAGGUGAUUAAUGUUCGGCAUAACAAUUUGAAAAAUGCAAGUAUACCAGAUGAAGUGUUUGCACUGGAUGAUCUUUUGACAGUGGAUUUGAGUCAUAAUGAUAUCAUUGAGAUUCCGGAAGAAUUGGAAAAUGCAAGUGAAUUGCUUGUCCUUAACCUUAGCAACAACCGCGUUACACAGAUUCCUAAUCAGUUAUUCAUGCAUCUCACAGAUUUGAUCUUUAUGGAUGUUAGUAAUAACCUACUAGAAACUAUUCCUCCACAAUUACGAAGAUUAACCAACCUGCAAACUCUUAUCCUCAACAACAACCCGUUGCUACAUGCACAACUCAGACAACUACCAUCCCUAACUCAACUACAUACGUUACAUCUCCGAAAUACACAGCGGACAAUAUCGAACAUGCCAAAUAAAUUGGACAAUAUCGAAACGUUGACAGACUUGGAUAUUUCACAUAAUGAUUUGCCAAGAGUUCCUGAGCCUGUUUAUCGUAUGACGAAUCUUAAAAGGCUGGAUUUAAGUCACAACACCAUAACAGAAUUAUCUAGUCUCAUUGAUUCAUGGACCAAGCUAGAAACACUAAAUCUAAGUAGGAACCAGUUGACUGCAUUACCUCAUACAAUAUGCAAAAUGACCAGUUUAAAAAGACUUUAUGCAAACAGUAACAAUUUGACGUUUGAAGGGAUUCCACUUGGGAUUGGAAAGUUGUUAAACUUGGAAGUUUUCAUGGCAGCAUGGAAUAAGUUGGAAUGUAUCCCCGAAGGUGUUUGCAGAUGUAUGAAGUUAAAAAAAUUGGUCCUUCACUCUAACUGCUUGAUCACGUUACCUGAAGGAAUACACUUUUUGGCAAAUUUAGAAAAUUUAGACACACGAAAUAAUCCGAAGUUAGUGAUGCCUCCAAAGCCUGUAUCGCAAAGUGAAGCAGAUGCUGAAUUUUAUAACAUUGAUUUUUCAUAUCAAACUCAACUUCGUCUUGCGGCUGGUCAGUCUCCGUCUGUGUUGCAGACCAAAGAUCCAAUUGCUAGAAAGAUGCGACUCCGUGGAAGAAGAUAUCAAAGUGUUAAUGAAACCGACAAGAAAUUGAAGGGCAUGGUUGAAAGUGCAGAAGAACGAAAACAUAAGAAAAUAAGGAAGGAUGGCGAUGAUGAUGGAUCACCAGAUGAUCAUAAGCUAAAGACAGGCAAACGGUGGGAUCAAAAAUUGGUGAAACCUGAUUUAAACUAUCAAGAUAUAUUUCUAGAAGACGUUGGAACAGAUGAAGGUCUUACUGUCUGGGUCAUUGAGAACUUCUUACCAACUCCAAUGGAAGAAGGGUUAUUUGGAAAAUUUUAUGAUGGCGAUUGUUAUAUCAUAUUGAAGACUGAGUAUGACGAAACAGAUCAACUUUUCCACAAAAUAUAUUACUGGAUUGGUCAACACUGCACAUUGGACAAAAAAGCCUGUGCAGCCAUUCAUGCAGUUAAUCUUCGUAAUCUGCUCGGCGCUGAAGGUAGAACAAUGAGAGAAGAACAAAGUGAUGAAUCUGAUGAGUUCUUGGAGCUUUUCGACACUGGUGUCUCUUAUAUCGAAGGUGGCAACAGCAGCGGCUUCUACUCUGUAGAGGAGACUGUGUAUACCACCAGAUUGUAUCGAUUGUAUGGCGGACACGGUAUAAAGGUGGAACCUGUGGAACUCACAUGGGAGUCUCUUGAUCCGAAUUACGUGUUUGUCUGUGAUGCAGGCCUGAAAGUCUAUGUAUGGUCUGGCUCGAAGGCCAAGCUCAUGUUUAGGACCAAAGGACGCUUAUUUGCAGACAAAAUUAUGAAAAUGGAACGCAAAAACAAAGGAGAAAUUGUGCAAAUAUUCGAGGAUGAAAUUGAAGAAUUUAUGGGCUUCUGGGAUCUUUUGGGUGGUCCACCAACUGGAAGAUUGCGCGAGAAGUAUGAGUACAAGUAUUUUACACCCAAGCAACCCAUUUUAUAUAAAGUCGGCCUAGGUAUGGGAUACUUGGAACUGCCUCAAGUUGAAUUACCUGAUAACAAGUUGAAGCAGAGCCUACUUGACACGAAAAGUGUUUACGUUCUCGACUGUUGGUCUGAUGUUUUCAUAUGGAUUGGUCGUCGUUCAGCCCGCUUAGUUCGAGCUGCAGCGUUAAAAUUAGCUCAAGAACUUUCCGAGUUUCUACCAAGGCCUGCAUUUUCGUUGGUGACGAGAAAUUUGGAAGGAGUGGAACAAUCCGUGUUCAAAACAAAAUUUGCUGGUUGGGAUGAUGUGCUGGCUGUCGAUUUCACCAAAACCGCUGACAGGGUGGCACAGAUCAAAAAGGAGAGUGAUGCAAACGCGGGAAAAAGCGAAGACAGUGUCGUACCCAAUCUCCCACCACCGAAAGUACAGAAGGUGGACUUGGCAGCAUUGUUUACAGCACGACAGUUGCCAAUGUCGGAUCAAGAAUGUGAUCAAUCGUCUGAAGAAUGGAACGAAGAUUUGGACCAAAUGGAAUGUUUCGUGCUGGAAGGAAGAAAAUUCGUUCGGCUGCCGGAAGAAGAGAUCGGUCAUUUCCGUAGUGGGGACUGUUACGUGUUUUUGUGUAGAUACUGGGUACCACCUGAGGAAAAUGAAGAUGAAGAAGCGGAAGAGGAGGAGGAAAAAGAAGACGACUUUCAGUGUGUCGUCUACUUUUGGGAGGGACGCGACGCUGGUAAAAUGGGAUGGCUAACGUUCGCGUUUAGUCUGCAAAAGAAAUUUGAAGCCUUGUUCGGAGACAAACUUGAAGUAGUACGAACUAGACAACAGCAGGAAGCUCUGAAGUUCCUCUCUCACUUCAAAGGUCGUUUUGUUGUAGAGAAAGGAAAAAGAAAGCACAGUGAAGCUGAAGCGAAAUCGAAACUGUUUGAGAUUCGUUCGACGAUGGGUAAAUUGACUCGUCGUGCCAUGGAGGUGGAAUGCGACGCAACUAAUCUCAACACGAACUUCCCUUACGUGCUCAAGGUCCCCUUUGACAAUGCUGGUGGUAUUGUGUAUGUAUGGCUGGGUAAGAAAUGUGACCAGGAGCAGUUUAGCCAUGCAGAGGAGAUUGGCAACGAAUUGGCCGAAGAGGGUUAUUCCUUACAGGUAGUACAGGAAGGUGAAGAACCGGAGAACUUCUUUUGGGUUGGUAUUGGCGGAAAGAAGGAAAUAGCUCAGACGGCUGAGUACGCUGACAAUGCAAGAUUAUUUAGAUGUUCCAAUGAAAAAGGAUUUUUUACGGUGUCAGAGAAAUGCUCUGACUUUUGUCAGGACGAUCUAGCAGAUGAUGACGUCAUGUUAUUGGACACUGGUACCGAGCUUUUCAUCUGGAUAGGCGAGACAGCGAGUGAUAUUGAGAAGAAGUUGUCAGUAAAAGCGGCGCAGGUUUACAUGCAGCAUAUCAAAGAACAAAAGCUGGGACCUCAGCGCAAGCUCCAUUUAACCGGCAAACGAAAGGAGCCUAUUAUAUUUUCGCGAUGCUUCCACGGGUGGUCUGAAUGGCCAGCAAAGUAGAUGUCCAAGUUAGCUAUCAAACCGAAAUCGCUUAUGACAUUGUGUAGUUUUUUAAUUAUAGGGUAGAGAGAAUGUUAUAUAUAAUUUAUAACCCUUUUCGCGUCAUUAAAUUUUCAUGAUUUUUUUAAACAAAAUAAUUCUAAAAUUAUGUAUAUUUGGCGCCGGUAAGCCUUAAGGGAGACUGCUUUUAAAGUAUUUUUGUAUUAUACGUGCGUAGCGAGAGUAGGUUAAACAUAUCAGAUGUGAGCAGUCUUGUUUAGAAGACUAAGAAAUACAGGAAUGAUCACUGACGGGGGUAAAGAGGUGGUAUUAGACAACCCUCCUCCCGACAAAUUGAAAAAUGUUUUUACUGCAUUGCAUUUGAUAGAACAAUGUUGCAAUGCCCCUAAGUGAGCCCGGCCUGGCGGAAUGUCUGAUGAAAGUAACUCUAGUUAUUCGAGAAAUAUAGCAGAGACGGUGAAUUAGUUUUCCUUCAAAGCAGUUCUUUGUCCACAAAGCUCCCAUUCCCGCCAGUUUUCGAUGUCUUCUUGACCUCUAAAGGGAUUAGGAUACGUGAAUCAGUUUGUGACCUUUUUCUUUAAUUAAUUUUUGAGUAAGUUUUACAAAUGGUUUCAGUGAUUGUUUUGAUGUUGUUCUUUUAGCGUGCGCAACAAAAUCUCAGCGCCGCGUUUUUUUGAUGCGAAGAAAGACAAACAGUGGAAAUUAUUUAAUAAAACUUUUAUUAAAGAUGAAUCAAAUCAUAUAUUUUGUACAAUUUUUUUUUAGUUUUUAUUUCUAAGCGUUGAUUUAAAAUAACCUUUAUGGAUGCAGCCCUAGCCCCAAUUCUUUUAUUCCGUUUUGUUCUUUAACAACGAAAGGAAAGCAUGGUCCUGGAAACGAGGUUGAUAUUCUGUAAUUUUUAUAUUCCGAUGAACACACAUUUAUCAGAGGAUGCGUUUUUUUAUCGUGUGAUGUAAUCGUUUUUCGUUUUGUAUUAUAUAUUGAUUAGCUCGCUGUUGUAUUUUUGUAAGAUAGCAUCAAAGAAGAGUUUUCUUUGAAACUUCUCACUA